AUGGAGUUACUUCAAAUUGAAGUUCUAGAUGAUAAGAUUAAAGCAAAAGAAAUGAUUUUGAAUAAGGCAUGGGUCAAAGUAAAAGAUCGUUCAUCUAUUGAUUAUGUAAAUGGUGUUGAAGAGUUUCUAAAUUUUGCUCUUUCCAAAGUAAGAGAAGAUGAUCGAGAUAGUACUACUAUUAGGUGCCCUUGUAAUAGUUGUCGCAAUAUAUUUCUUAAAACAAAAUGUGAUGUAAGAUUCGACUUGCUUAAGGGAGGAAUGUAUGAGAAGUACACUUUUUGGGAACUUCACAGGGAAGAAUUAGUUGAAUCAAGUGAUGGGGAUGAUGUUGAUGAGUCGAAUGACAUUGAUAGUGGUUUCACAAUGUUGCAAGAUGCAUGUGGAGUUGGUGCUAUGAAUGUUGGGAGUGCUGAAGAGGCUUUAAAUAAUGUUGAGGAGUAUGAGAAACCUAAUGCAAAUGCAAAAAAGUUUUUCAAACUUUUAGAGGAGUACCAAGAACCAUUAACAAUGCAUGACACAACAAUGUCUAAGUUGUCAUACAGUGUUAAAUUAUUACAUUUAAAGGUUUUGAAUAAUUGGGCUGAUAAGUCUUUUGAUAGUUUACUCCAUUUAGAACGUCAAGGCUAUGGCGCUUACCUUCCAACUUCUUAUUACGAGGCUAAGAAACUCAUUAAAGACUUGGGCCUUGAUUAUUAUAAGAUUGAUGCUUGUGAAAAUGAUUGUAUUCUUUAUUGGAAAGAGCAUGAAAAAUUGAUUGAGUGUCCCACUUGUGGUUUAUCAAGGUGGAAACAAGAAAAGGAAGGCUCUUCUAAGGGGGUAAAGGUUUCUAGAAAAGUGCUAAGAUAUUUUCCAUUGAAGCCUAGGCUACAAAGCUUGUACAUUUGUAGAAAGACAUCCAAAGACAUGCGUUGGCACAAAGAAAGGGAUGCUACUAAAACAUAUAGAGUGAAUGAUUGUGAUAGGAUUAUAGAUGAUGAUGUCCUUUCUAGGGAAGAGGAGGAUGAUGCCUUUUUGGAGGAUGACAAUGCAAGUGCGAUAGAUGAUACAAUUAGACAUCCAUCUGACUCCUUUGCAUGGAAAUCAUUUGAUGAAGAGUAUAGUGAAUUUGCUAAAGAGGUGCGAAAUGUUAGACUUGGACUAGCUUGUGAUGGCUUUCAGCCUUUCAAUAAUUCACAACAUAGCAUAUGGCGAGUGGUUCUUAUCCCUUAUAAUUUUCCUCCUUGGUUAUGCAUGAAACCUUAUUCAUUUAUGCUAUCUUUACUAGUACCAGGUCCAACAAGUCCAGGAAUUAAUAUGGACGUCUACCUCCAACCACUUAUUGAGGAGUUAAAGGAGCUUUGGGAGGUUGGUGUUGAAACCUAUGAUGCUUACUCUAAAACAAAUUUCAUCUUGCGUGCAUCAUUACUGUGGACUAUCAAUGACUUUCCUGCGUAUGCAGAUUUGUCUGGAUGGUCUACCAAAGGUUAUUACGCUUGUCCAUGUUGUCAUAAGGAAACUAAACGGACUUCGUUGAUGCAUAAGGGUGGUUAUUUAGGGCAUCGACGUUGGCUUCCAAUGAAUCAUAAGUGGAGAAAUGAUGCCAAUUCUUUUGACGGUAAAAUUGAAAAAGGUGUUGCACCAGUUCCAUUGAGUGGGGAUGAUGUAUUACAACAUUAUAGCCGAUUCUCACAAGCAAAAUAUGGGAAGAUUGUAGGGAAAAAAAGAAAAAGGGAUGCUUCUAAUAGCUUGUUUGGGUGGAAAAAGAAAAGCAUUUUCUUUACCUUGCCUUAUUGGAGGAAAUUAAAAAUUCGUCAUAACUUGGAUGUUAUGCAUAUUGAGAAAAAUAUCUCUGAUAAUAUCUUGGGUACUUUAAUGAGCAUACAAGGCAAAAACAAAGAUACUUUGAAGUCUCGAUUGGAUUUGGUGAAGAUGAAAAUCAGAGAUAAGUUGAAUCCUAAAGUGGUUGAUGGUAAGGUGCGUGUUCCUAUUGCUAUAUAUACAUUGAGGUCAGAUGCCAAGGUUGCCAUAUGUCGUAUGUUUGCAAAAAUGAAAUCUCCCGAUGGAUAUCUAUCAAACAUUUCUCGUUGUGUUAAAGAUAAUGGAAAAAAGAUAUCAUGUUUGAAGAGCCAUGACCAUCAUGUUUUUAUUGAGUAG